AUGUCGACCGAAUCCGUUCUUCCUGCUGGUGCUAUAACCCUACGUGACAACGAAGCGAGCGAAUUCGAUGACCGCAACAGCGCCUGCUGGGCCAAGAGUGUUGAGAUUGUCAGUUAUACCAUUGUCAACGGCAGUGCAACAAAUAUCGGGGCCUUUGUGGUGUGGAAUAUCCGUGUCGAGGCUCUCAAUCAGUGGUGUGCUGAUCUGAAGACGGCUGUUGACUGA